AUGAGGAGCAUGUUGACUCCAGUGAUGGUGUGGUGCAAGCGGGGACUGGGCUGUAGACGGGUGCACUCCAGAAGCUUCUGUCUGGCCGCCACCACGGUGGUGGAAGCAGCAGCGGGGCCAGGUGCUUUGGGGAAGGAGAGGGUGGGCGUGCGGAGGACAGGUGAUGGACGUGUACGCAGCUUUGAGGAGAUUCCUCACACAGGACGCAGCGGCUGGCUCAACCUGCUCAAGUUCUGGAGAGAGGAUCGCUUCAGACACCUGCACAAGCACAUGGAGAAGAGCUUCAAGGAGCUGGGACCCAUCUACAGAGAACAUGUGGGAACUCAGAACACGGUGAACAUCCUUCUGCCGGCAGACGUCAGUGAGCUGUUCCGCUCUGAGGGGCUGCACCCACAGAGGAUGACACUAACAGCCUGGGCAACGCACCGCGAGGUCCGCAACCACAGCAAAGGGGUCUUCCUCAAAAACGGUGAAGAGUGGCGAGCUGACCGCCUGCUGCUCAACAAAGAGGUGAUGAUGGCGUCUGCCGUCCGGCGCUUUCUGCCACUGCUCGAUGAAGUGGCCACAGAUUUCUGCAGGAUGCUGAAAGCACGAGUGGAGCGUGAGGGAAGAAGUCAUGGCGGAAAAUGCAGCCUGACCAUAGACCCCAGCCCUGACCUGUUCCGCUUUGCCCUAGAAGCCAGUUGUCAUGUGAUCUACGGGGAGCGGAUUGGCCUGUUCUCUGCGUCGCCAUCGCUGGAGUCACAGAAGUUCAUCUGGGCUGUGGAGAGGAUGCUGACCACCACUCUGCCUCUGCUCUUCCUGCCCCCUCGCCUGCUCCUCCGCAUCGGUGCCCCCCAGUGGACCCAGCACGCCAAAGCAUGGGACCACAUAUUCAGCCACGCUGAGGCGCGGAUCCAGAAGGGUUACCAGCGCUUGUCCUGCAAAGCUCCGGGGUCCAUAGCCUCCGCUCAGGGGCCGUACCCAGGUGUGUUGGGUCAGCUCAUGGAGAAGGGACAGCUCUCUAUGGAUCUCAUUAAAGCCAAUCUGACUGAGCUCAUGGCGGGAGGCGUGGACACAACGGCGGUCCCUCUGCAGUUCGCUCUCUUUGAACUGGGCAGAAACCCAGACGUUCAGGAGAAGCUGCGGCAACAGGUGAGAGAGGCGUGGGCUGUAGCUGCCGGCGAUGUUCAAAAGGUUCUGCAGGGGGCGCCACUCCUGAAAGGCACCGUCAAGGAGAUUCUCAGGUUGUACCCCGUGGGAAUCACUGUGCAGCGCUACCCCGUCAGAGACAUUGUCAUCCAGAACUACCAUAUUCCAGCUGGGACAGCGGUCCAGGCCUGUCUGUACCCCAUGGGGCGGAGUGCAGAGGUGUUCCCUGAUCCCCUGCGUUUCGACCCGGGUCGCUGGGGGGGCAGUCGGGAGGAGGGCGGCGGCUUUCGUUCCCUGGCUUUUGGAUUCGGCUCCAGGCAGUGUGUGGGGAGACGCAUCGCAGAGAACGAGAUGCAACUGGUCCUCAUGCACAUCCUGCUGAAUUUCCACUUGACUGUGCCGUGUUCAGAUGACUUGGAGACCACAUACACGCUAAUCCUCCAGCCGCGGAUCCCUCCCAAAAUCACACUCCACAAGCUCUGA